AUCUUAAGCACACUUCAUUUCGGUUGUCAAAGCUCAGAAGAUACAGAAAAAGAUCACUAGCACAUUAGCAGUUCAUUUUGCUGUUGGUUUUAGCUGCAAAAAAAAUGGCUUCUGGAAGUCAAAAGAUUGUGGGGUUUCUGGGAUUGGAUGAAGUCGGUUUGGAAUUGGCCGCUUCCCUUCUCCGUUCUGGCUAUGAUGUCCGAGCUUUCGAGACAUUCAGUCCUUUGAUGGAUGAGUUUUCCAAGCUAGGGGGUAAAAGAUGUGGAAACACUACAGAGAUGAGCAAAGGUCUAUCUGCUCUGGUCAUUUUGACAUGUCAUAGUGACCACAUAAGUGAAAAAAUUCUAGAGCAGAAGGGAAUUUUAAAAGGCUUAGGAAAAGAUGCAGUUAUUAUUGUCAAUUCAACUUUACCGGAUGUACAUAUUAACAAGCUGCAGAAGAUUCUAAGAGGUGGUCAUCAUACUGACUCCAUUGUGGACAUGUUUGUCUCUAGAGCUGUAUCUGAUGAUCUGAAUGGAAAAGUGAUGAUAAUAUCCUCUGGAAGCUUGGAAACCACACAUAGGGCACAGCCUAUCCUCUCUGCUAUGUGCGAAAAACUUUACAUAUUUGAGGGAGAGCUGGGAGCUGGAAGUAAAACAAAGAUGGUGAUUGAACUUCUUGAGGGAGUUCAUUUUGUUGCUUCCAUUGAAGCAAUCUCUCUUGGUGCACAAGCUGGGAUUCAUCCAUGGAUACUUUAUGAUAUCAUAUCAAAUGCAGCUGGAAAUUCAUGGGUUUUCAAGAACUAUCUUCCCCAGUUGUUGAGGGGUAACCAGACUAAACAUCAUUUCCUCAAUGCCUUGAUUCAAAAUGUGGGAACUGUUUUAGACAUGUCAAAAUCGCUUGUCUUCCCUCUUCCCCUGUUGACCGUUGCGUAUCAGCAACUCAUAGCAGGAUCUUUGCAUGGAAGAAAAGAUGAUGAAGAUGCUAUGUUGCUCAAGGUGUGGGAGAAUGUACUUGGAGUAAAUAUUACUGAUGCUGCUAAUUCAAAAAGUUACAACCCCGAGGAACUUGCCCAUCAAAUUUCUGCCAAAUCAGAAAAUGUGAAGCGGAUUGGUUUUAUUGGUCUUGGAGCUAUGGGGUUUGGCAUGGCAACUCACCUGCUGAAGUCAGAUUUCUCUGUUACUGGCUAUGAUGUGUAUAAACCAACACUAUCUCGGUUUGCAGAUGCAGGUGGCUUGAUUGGAAGCUCUCCAGCAGAAGUAUCACAAGAUGUGGAUGUACUUGUAAUAAUGGUUACAAAUGAGGCUCAAGCUGAAAGUGUUCUCUAUGGCGACAGUGGAGCUGUGCCAGCUCUUCCAUCUGGUUCCUCUCUUAUCCUCAUGUCAACCGUUUCUCCUGCAUUUGUCAAGCAGCUUGAGCGACGCUUGCAGGAUGAAGGUAAGAAUUUGAAAUUGUUGGAUGCUCCUGUCUCUGGUGGGGUAAAGCGUGCCUCUGAAGGAACACUUACAAUUAUGGCAUCAGGGACAGAUGAAGCUCUGAAGCAUUCAGGUUCAAUUCUUUCAGUUCUCAGUGAGAAGCUCUAUAUCAUUAACGGAGGUUGUGGGUCUGGAAGUGCUGUAAAGAUGGUAAAUCAACUACUUGCUGGAGUUCAUAUUGUGUCAGCUGCUGAAGCAAUGGCAUUUGGUGCUCAGCUGGGUCUUAAUACAAGAUUGUUGUUUGAUGUCAUCAGAAAUAGCAGGGGGACAUCUUGGAUGUUUGAGAAUCGUACUCCUCACAUGUUGGAAAAUGACUAUACACCGCUGUCUGCACUGAAUAUCUUUGUGAAGGAUCUGGGCAUUGUUUCUCAUGAAUGCUCAUCCAGGCGGAUUCCACUUCAUAUUGCAAAUGUUGCACAUCAGUUAUUCUUGGCAGGUUCAGCUGCAGGAUGGGGUCGAUUGGAUGAUGCUGCUGUAGUGAAGGUUUAUGAGAUGCUUACUGGAAUUAAGGUUGAGGGGAAAAUUCCAGUUCUCAGUAAAGAAUCCAUCCUGCAAUCUCUUCCAUCCAAAUGGCCUGUGGAUCCCAUUGACGAUGUACAUAAGCUAAUUGAAAAUAGUUCAAAGAUUUUAGUUGUCCUCGAUGAUGAUCCAACUGGAACUCAAACUGUACAUGAUAUUGAGGUAUUGACAGAAUGGAAUGUUGAAGCACUCAUUCAGCAAUUCAAAAAUAGGCCCAAAUGUUUUUUCAUUCUGACCAAUUCCAGGUCACUGAGUUCUGAGAAGGCUAGUAAAUUGGUAGCAGAUAUAUGUACAAAUCUAUAUACUGCAUCUCAGUCAGUCAAUAGCACGGACUAUACAAUUGUUCUGAGGGGUGAUUCAACACUACGUGGUCAUUUUCCAGAGGAAGUAGAUGCAGCUGUUUCUAUACUGGGAGAAAUGGAUGCAUGGAUAAUCUGCCCAUUUUUCCUAGAAGGAGGCCGUUACACUAUUAAUGAUAUACACUAUGUUGCAGACUCUGAUAGGCUUAUCCCUGCUGGGGAAACCGAAUUUGCUAGAGAUGCUGCUUUUGGCUAUAAAUCUUCUAACCUCUGCGAGUGGGUGGAGGAGAAAACUGGUGGAAGAAUACCUGCUAGAAGUGUGGCUUCUAUAUCCAUUCAACUGCUAAGAAAAGGUGGACCAGAUGCUGUUUGUGAACACCUAUGCAAUUUGGAGAAGGGUUCGACAUGUAUAGUUAAUGCAGCUAGUGACAGAGAUAUGGCUGUAUUUGCUGCUGGAAUGAUUCAGGCUGAGCUGAAGGGAAAAAGGUUCUUAUGCCGUACUGCUGCCAGUUUUGUUUCUGCAAGGCUUGGAAUUAUCAGAAAAGCUCCAAUUUUACCCAAUGAUCUUGGUAUUAAUGGAGAGAGGAGUGGUGGGCUUAUCGUUGUUGGUUCCUACGUUCCAAAGACAACAAAGCAGGUUGAAGAACUUAAAUCUCAAUGUGGACAUUUCUUAAAGAGUAUUGAGAUCUCUGUGGAAAAAGUAGCCAUGAGGUCAACAGAAGAGAGGCAGGAUGAAAUCACCCGAACAGUUGAGACAGCAGAUAUUUACCUUAGGAGUUGUAAAGACACUCUCAUAUUGACUAGCCGAAAACUUAUAACAGGCAAAACUCCUUCUGAAAGUUUAGAGAUAAAUUCCAAGGUGAGCUCUGCUCUGGUGGAAAUAGUUCAGCGGAUAACUACAAGACCCCGUUAUGUUCUUGCGAAGGGUGGUAUAACCUCUUCAGACCUUGCUACAAAAGCUCUUGGAGCAAGAUCUGCCAAAAUAGCUGGUCAGGCUUUACCUGGUGUUCCCUUGUGGCAGCUAGGUCCUGAAAGCAAACACCCUGAAGUACCAUAUAUUGUAUUCCCAGGAAAUGUCGGUGACAGUAACGCUUUAGCUGAAGUAGUAAAACAUUGGGCUAGUGUCAACAGAAUCUCAUCAACUAAGGAACUUCUCCAUAAUGCAGAAAGAGGUGGAUACGCCAUUGGAGCUUUUAACGUGUAUAAUUUAGAAGGAGUUCAGGCAGUCGUUGCUGCAGCAGAGGAUGAAGGAAGUCCUGCCAUUUUACAGAUCCAUCCUAGUGCUUUAAAACAAGGAGGAACCCCUUUGGUUGCCUGUUGUAUCUCUGCUGCAGAACAAGCAACAGUCCCUAUUACUGUUCACUUUGAUCAUGGAAGCUCAAAACAAGAGUUGUUGGGAGCUCUUGAGUUGGGAUUUCAUUCGGUCAUGGUGGAUGGUUCUGACCUUCCUUUCAAGGAGAAUAUAUCAUACACAAAAUCCAUUGCAGAAGUGGCGCACACCAAAAAUAUGGUGGUAGAAGCUGAAUUGGGAAGAUUGUCAGGAACUGAAGAUGAUCUGACUGUUGAAGAUUAUGAGGCUCGGCUAACUGAUGUUACCCAGGCAAACGAGUUCAUUGACACAACGGGUAUAGACGCUUUGGCUGUGUGCAUUGGGAAUGUUCAUGGAAAGUACCCUGAAAGUGGUCCAAAUCUGAGACUUGAUUUGCUCAAGGAUCUUUAUGGUCUGUGUUCAAAGAAAGGAGUUUAUGUUGUUCUCCAUGGAGCUUCUGGAUUGCCGAAGGAGCUCAUCGAGGAAUGUAUAAAGCUAGGAGUAAGGAAGUUCAAUGUCAACACCGAGGUGCGAAAGGCUUAUAUGGAUUCAUUAAACAGCUCCAAGAAAGAUCUCAUCCAAGUCAUGACCUCUGCCAAGGAGGCCAUGAAGGCUGUGGUUGCAGAGAAGAUGCGUCUAUUUGGUUCAGCUGGAAAAGCAUGGUGACAGUCUUCAAGCUUCAAGCAUCAAAACGAGAGGUUUAAAAUAUAUAAAUACCUCGGAAAGCAGAGAUAAAAGCACAGAAGAAUAUGUCUAUUUGUAACAGCAUUUUCUUUCAUCUCUCUGUGUUCUUUACUUUCUUUCUACCCUUAGAUAUCUUAGAUGUCUAAAACCUUGAUCCUAUUUAGUGCCAAUUACUAUACCAUGUAAUUCUGAAUUUCAGUUCUUCAUGUGGUCUGCCCACAAAUAUGUGUACUAUUUGUCCUCAAUCCAUUGGCUACAUUUUAA